CCCCGUCCCGGCCCGCGCUCCGGCUCUGCCGGCGGCCCGCACCUGCUUGGCCAUGAUGAGCUUCGGCGGCGCGGACGCGCUGCUGGGCGCUCCGUUCGCGCCGCUGCACGGAGGCGGCAGCCUGCACUAUGCGCUGGCCCGGAAGGGCGGCUCGCGUUCGGCGGCCGGCUCCUCCAGCGGAUUUCACUCGUGGGCGCGGACGUCCGUGAGCUCCGUGUCGGCCUCGCCCAGCCGCUUCCGUGGCGCAGGCGCCGCCUCAAGCACCGACUCUCUAGAUACGCUGAGCAACGGGCCAGAGGGCUGCGUGGUGGCGGCGGCUGCGGCGCGCAGCGAGAAGGAGCAGUUGCAGGCCCUGAACGACCGCUUCGCGGGCUACAUCGACAAGGUGCGGCAGCUUGAGGCGCACAACCGCAGCCUGGAGGGAGAGGCGGCCGCGCUGCGACAGCAGCAGGCAGGCCGCGCAGCCAUGGGUGAGCUGUACGAGCGCGAGGUGCGUGAGAUGCGCGGCGCAGUGCUGCGUCUGGGCGCGGCGCGGGGCCAGCUGCGCCUGGAGCAGGAGCACCUGCUCGAGGACAUCGCGCACGUGCGCCAGCGCCUCGACGACGAGGCCAGGCAGCGCGAAGAGGCUGAGGCAGCGGCGCGCGCACUCGCGCGCUUCGCGCAGGAGGCCGAAGCUGCGCGAGUCGAGCUGCAGAAGAAGGCGCAGGCGCUGCAGGAGGAGUGCGGCUACCUGCGGCGCCACCACCAGGAAGAGGUGGGCGAGUUGCUCGGUCAGAUCCAGGGCUGCGGCGCCGCGCAGGCUCAGGCGCAGGCCGAGGCGCGCGACGCUCUCAAGUGCGACGUGACGUCGGCUCUGCGUGAGAUCCGCGCGCAGCUCGAAGGCCAUGCGGUGCAGAGCACGCUGCAGUCAGAGGAGUGGUUCCGAGUGAGGCUGGACCGACUGUCAGAGGCAGCCAAAGUGAAUACAGACGCCAUGCGCUCAGCCCAGGAGGAGAUAACUGAGUAUCGGCGUCAGCUGCAGGCCAGGACCACAGAGCUGGAGGCGCUGAAAAGUACCAAGGAUUCCCUGGAGAGGCAACGCUCUGAACUAGAGGACCGCCAUCAGGCUGACAUUGCAUCCUACCAGGAAGCCAUCCAGCAACUGGACACUGAGCUGAGGAACACCAAGUGGGAGAUGGCAGCCCAGCUCCGAGAGUACCAGGACCUGCUGAAUGUCAAGAUGGCUCUGGAUAUUGAGAUUGCUGCUUAUAGAAAACUUCUGGAAGGUGAAGAGUGUCGGAUCGGCUUUGGCCCAAGUCCUUUCUCUCUUCCAGAGGCACUCCCCAAAAUUCCCUCCACGUCCACUCACAUAAAAGUCAAAAGUGAAGAGAAGAUCAAGGUGGUAGAAAAGUCAGAGAAGGAAACUGUGAUUGUGGAGGAACAGACAGAAGAGAUCCAAGUGACUGAAGAAGUGACUGAAGAAGAGGAGAAAGAAGCCAAAGAGGAGGAAGGUGAGGAAGAAGAGGGAGAAGAGGCAGAAGCGGAAGAGGGAGAAGAAGAAGCAAAGUCUCCCCCAGCAGAAGAGGCUACAUCUCCAGAAAAGGAAGCCAAGUCCCCUGUGAAGGAAGAGGCCAAGUCACCAGCUGAGGAAAAGUCCCCAGUGAAAGAAGAGGCCAAGUCACCAGCUGAGGCCAAGUCUCCAGAGAAGGCUAAAUCCCCCAUGAAAGAUGAAGCAAAAUCACCAGCUGAGGUCAAGUCUCCUGAGAAGGCCAAGUCCCCAGUAAAGGAAGAAGCCAAGUCUCCAGCUGAGGUAAAAUCCCCAGAGAAGGCCAAGUCCCCAGUGAAGGAAGAAGCAAAGUCACCAGCUGAGGUAAAAUCUCCUGAGAAGGCCAAGUCCCCAGUAAAGGAAGAAGCCAAGUCUCCAGCUGAGGUAAAAUCCCCAGAGAAGGCCAAGUCCCCAGUGAAGGAAGAAGCAAAGUCCCCAGAGAAGGCCAAGUCCCCUGUGAAGGAAGAAGCAAAGUCCCCAGAGAAGGCCAAGUCCCCAGUGAAGGAAGAAGCAAAGUCCCCAGAGAAGGCCAAGUCCCCAGUGAAGGAAGAAGCAAAGUCCCCAGAGAAGGCCAAGUCCCCGGUGAAGGAAGAAGCAAAGUCCCCAGAGAAGGCCAAGUCCCCAGUGAAGGAAGAAGCAAAGUCCCCAGAGAAGGCCAAGUCCCCAGUGAAGGAAGAAGCAAAGUCCCCAGAGAAGUCCCCAGUGAAGGAAGAAGCAAAGUCCCCAGAGAAGGCCAAGUCCCCAGUGAAGGAAGAAGCAAAAUCCCCAGAGAAAGCCAAGUCCCCAGUGAAGGAAGAAGCAAAGUCCCCAGAGAAGGCCAAGUCCCCAGUGAAGGAAGAAGCAAAAUCCCCAGAGAAGGCCAAGUCCCCAGUGAAGGAAGAAGCAAAGUCCCCAGAGAAGGCCAAGACUCUUGAUGUAAAGUCUCCAGAAGCCAAGACUCCAGUGAAGGAGGAAGUACGGUCCCCUGCAGAUACCAAAUCCCCUGAAAAAGGCAAAAGCCCUGCCAAGGAGGAGGCCAAGUCCCCAGAGAAGGUCAAAUCACCUGAGAAGGAGGCCCCAAAGAAAGAAGAGGUGAAAUCUCCCGUGAAGGAGGAGGUGAAAGCCAAAGAGCCCCCAAAGAAGGUAGAAGAGAAGACUCCAGCCACACCCAAAACUGAGGAGAAGGAUAGCAAGAAAGAUGAGGUGCUCAAGAAGGAGGCUCCGAAGCCUGAGGCUGAGGACAAGAAGGAAGCUGCUGUUGAGAAGCCCAAAGAAUCCAAAGUUGAGGCCAAGAAGGAAGAGGCAGAGGAUAAGAAGAAAGCAGCGACCCCAGAGAAGGAGGCUCCUGCCAAGGUGGAGGUGAAGGAAGAAGCUAAACCCAAAGAAAAGACUGAGGUGGCAAAGAAGGAACCAGAUGAUGCCAAGGCCAAAGAACCCAGCAAACCAGCAGAGAAGGAACCAGAAAAGCCAAAGAAAGAAGAGGCACCAGCAACACCAGAAAAGAAAGACACUAAGGAGGAGAAGACCACAGAAGCCAAGAAGCCUGAGGAGAAACCCAAAACAGAGGCCAAGGCCAAGGAGGAUGACAAGGGUGUCUCCAAAGAGCCCAGCAAGGAGGCCCCCACACCUAGCAAAUCCAAGACAGAAAAGGCUGAAAAAUCCUCUAGCACAGACCAAAAAGACAGCAAGCCUGCAGAGAAGGCCACAGAGGACAAGGCCACCAAAGGGGAAAAGUAAGGCAGAGAGAAAGGAACAUCCAGAGCAGCCAAAGAAACUCAGGAGGGUCCCAGAACUCAAGGGUCAGUGUAAUGAAUUUUCGUUUGUUUUCCUCCUUUUUUGUUCUCUAAGAAAAAAACUCUGCUUUGAUGUCGGACCCUCCCUCACCAAACUGGAAUUUCUGUUAACAAUAUGGUAGCAAGAGAGUUCACUCCCAGUCCCCGACUCCCCAUGUCCCAAACCCUCCCCAGGCGAUGGACAACUAUGUUAUGAUAGCUUAUGUAGCCGAAUGUGAUAUAUGCCGAAUGCCACACGUAAACACUUGAUUACAAAAACUGCCCCCCUCCUCUCCAAAUAAGUGCAUUUACUUCCUGUAUGUACUGACAGAUGACCGCAAUAAUGAAUGAGCAGUUAGAAACACAUAAUGCUUGAGAUGUCUUAACCUAUUCCCGAAUGCCUUCUGUUUUCCAAAGGAGUGGUCAAGCCCUUGCCCUGCGCACUCUUAUUCUGGAAGAGCUGGGGCCCGUGGGGCUGGGCACUGGCCACUGAAUCACAACAGGGCGCACUUUCCACUGGAGUCCACUUUCAAUUGCUUCUGUGCAAUAAAACCAAGUGCUUCU